ACAGAGCUCUAAAGACAUGUCAGAUGCCAAGACGUGCUUCAUCAGUGCAAUAUCAAGCCAAGGCAUAGAGAGACGUUAUUUCCUGAAGUGGAUGCGAAUGAACCUUGAUAACCUGUCUCGAGAAAAACUUUCUGGCCUCAGGAAGCAGUACAAAGCAAAAUGCAAAGAUGCUGAGAACAAAGAGGCCAUCAAAGACAUUGAUAAAGAGCUUUCCAACAGCUCACUGGGAACUGAACACUUCUUACGGGAAAUGGGUCAGAUUUAUGAAGCUUCAGUUUCCCUUCCGGAACAAGAUCUGUCACGUAAACAACUACAGCAUCUGCCAAAGAUCUGUGCAGGAUUGUUGCUUGAUGGAUUUCCCCUGGAGCUUGUAGAUGGAGAUGCAUCCAACAUACCUCUUACAUGGGUGAGUGAUGUUCUCUACCAGCUCAAUGAACUGGUGUGUCCCAACAACAAGAUACUGGUCGUCACAGUUCUUGGAGUUCAGAGCACAGGAAAGUCCACUCUUCUUAACACCAUGUUUGGAGUGCAGUUUGCAGUCAGCAGUGGCCGAUGCACUCAAGGUGCUUUUAUGUUGCUCAUCAGAAUCAAUGAAGAUGUCAAAAAAGUCCUCGACUGUGACUUCAUGGUCAUCAUUGACACUGAGGGCUUGAAGUCAACAGAGCUUGCACAACUGGAUGAUAGCUAUGAGCACGACAAUGAGCUUGCAACACUUGUUGUGGGGCUGAGUGACAUCACCAUUAUCAAUAUUGCAAUGGAGAAUUCCACACAAAUGAAGGACAUCCUACAAAUAGUUGUGCGUGGGUUUCUCAGGAUGAAAGAGGUGGGCAAAAAGCCUAAAUGUCAGUUUGUUCACCAGAAUGUGUCAGAUGUUUCAGCCAAUGAGAACACCCUAAGAGAGAGGAAUCUGCUCUUGGAUCACUUAAAUGAGAUGACACAGGCAGCAGCCAAAAUGGAGAAGAAAGAAAAGAACAAGUGCUUCACUGAUGUCAUGGAGUACAACCCAGAAACUGGGAGCUGGUACAUUCCUGGACUCUGGAAUGGAAACCCACCAAUGGCACCAGUCAAUGCAGGGUACAGCGAAGCUGUAUAUCAGUUCAAGAAAAAACAUCACACAGACACUAGGAAACUGUGAGUCCUCUGCUAAUGACAUCUUGAAGUUUAAAGAGUGGAUGUCAAGCCUGUGGAAGGCAGUGAAGCAUGAAAACUUCAUUUUCAGCUUC